AGCUACCAGGAGGCUGAGAGGACACCGAGAGGGAGGGGCAGGAGCUACCGACCGCUGGAGGAGGAAAGGGGUUGUGCUCUUGGCCGAGCGCGGAGAAAGGGGCGGAGCCUGCGAGCAGCGCGUGGAGGUGCCGAGCUCCUAGGACCGGCGGGCGCGCGGGCGUCUGUGGCCCUCGCCGUCCCAGUGGCCGCCGCCGUCGCUUGGUCGCCGUCGGUCUGCGGGAGGCGGGUUAUGGCGGCGGCGGCAGUGGGAGCUGUGAAUGAAUUCUCCGGGUGGACGAGGGAAGAAGAAAGGCUCCGGCGGCGGCAGCAGCCCGGUGCCUCCCAGGCCUCCGCCCCCCUGCCUGGCCCCCGCCCGUCCCGCCCCCAGGCCGGCCCCCCCGCCCGAGUCGCCGCAUAAUCGAAACCUGUACUACUUCUCCUACCCGCUGUUCAUAGGCUUCGCGCUGCUGCGGUUCGUCGCCUUCCACCUGGGGCUCCUCUUCGUGUGGCUCUGCCAGCGCUUCUCCCGCGCCCUCAUGGCUGCCAAGAGGAGCUCCCGGGCCGCGCCGGCGCCGGCCUCGGCCUCGCCCCCGGCACCAGUGCCGGGCGGGGAGGCCGAGCGCGUCCGAGCCUUCCACAAACAGGCCUUCGAGUACAUCUCCGUUGCCCUGCGCAUCGAUGAGGACGAGAAAGCAGGACAAAAGGAGCAAGCUGUGGAAUGGUAUAAGAAAGGUAUUGAAGAACUAGAAAAAGGAAUAGCUGUCAUAGUUACAGGACAAGGUGAACAGUGUGAAAGAGCUAGACGCCUUCAAGCUAAAAUGAUGACUAAUUUGGUUAUGGCCAAGGACCGUUUACAACUUCUAGAGAAGCUGCAACCAGUUUUGCAAUUUUCCAAGUCCCAAACGGAUGUCUAUAAUGACAGUACUAACUUGACAUGCCGCAAUGGACAUCUCCAGUCAGAAAGUGGAGCUGUUCCGAAAAGAAAAGAUCCCUUGACACACACUAGUAAUUCACUGCCUCGUUCAAAAACAGUUAUGAAAACUGGAUCCACAGGUCUUUCAGGCCACCACAGAGCACCUAGUUGUAGUGGUUUAUCCAUGGUUUCUGGAGUGAGACAGGGACCUGGUCCUGCAGCUGGAACUCAUAAGAGUACACCAAAAACAAACAGAACAAAUAAACCUUCUACCCCUACAACUGCUGUUCGCAAAAAGAAAGACUUGAAGAAUUUUAGGAAUGUGGACAGCAACCUUGCUAACCUUAUAAUGAACGAAAUUGUGGACAAUGGAACAGCUGUUAAAUUUGAUGAUAUAGCUGGACAAGAGUUGGCAAAACAAGCCUUGCAAGAAAUUGUUAUUCUUCCUUCUCUAAGGCCUGAGUUGUUCACAGGGCUUAGAGCUCCUGCCAGAGGAUUGUUACUCUUUGGUCCACCUGGAAAUGGAAAAACAAUGCUGGCUAAAGCAGUAGCUGCAGAAUCCAAUGCAACCUUCUUCAACAUAAGUGCUGCAAGUUUAACUUCAAAAUAUGUGGGAGAAGGAGAGAAAUUGGUGAGAGCUCUUUUUGCUGUGGCUCGAGAACUUCAGCCUUCUAUAAUUUUUAUAGAUGAAGUUGAUAGCCUUUUGUGUGAAAGAAGAGAAGGAGAACAUGAUGCUAGUAGACGUCUAAAAACUGAAUUUCUAAUAGAAUUUGAUGGUGUACAAUCUGCUGGAGAUGACAGAGUGCUUGUAAUGGGUGCAACUAACAGGCCACAAGAGCUUGAUGAGGCUGUUCUCAGGCGUUUCAUCAAACGGGUAUAUGUGUCUUUGCCAAACGAGGAGACACGACUACUUUUACUUAAAAAUCUAUUAUGUAAACAAGGAAGCCCAUUGACCCAAAAAGAACUAGCACAACUUGCUAGAAUGACCGAUGGAUAUUCAGGAAGUGAUCUAACAGCUUUGGCAAAAGAUGCAGCACUGGGUCCUAUCCGAGAACUGAAACCAGAACAAGUAAAGAAUAUGUCUGCCAGUGAGAUGAGAAAUAUUCGAUUAUCUGACUUCACUGAAUCCUUGAAAAAGAUAAAACGCAGCGUGAGCCCUCAAACCUUAGAAGCAUACAUACGUUGGAACAAGGACUUUGGCGAUACCACUGUUUAAGGAAAGACCUUCAUAAGCCUGCAGAACGUUUUUGCUUUCGAAGAGAGUAACACACCAUCUUCGUCGAAUAGUUAUCAGCUACAGAAAUUCAGCCUAAGUUUACAGGACUUUUCAGAGUCUUAAAAUUACUUGUGCACCCCAGCAGAUGAACCAUACAACAAAUUUAAAUAAAAUAUACAAUGCAAAUGGA